AUGUCGAAGCUGGCCGCCAGUCAAACGCUCUACAGCGUCCUGGGUGUGAACCGACAUGCCGACAACACUCAGAUUCGGCAAGCUUACCGACACCUGGCGCUCGCCACACAUCCGGAUAAGGGUGGGAGUGCUGGUGAGUUCCUCAAGGUGGUGGAGGCCUUCGAGGUCUUGUCAGAUGCACAGAAGCGUGCAACCUACGACGAAGAUCUGCAGAGAACUGGAAGUCAAGACGGACGCGGUAUUCAGGCAGCAGCUGACAGGAGGCGCGCAGAGGCCGACGCCGCACAGGCGCAAGCAGAUGCCUUUGGGCUGCCGGACCUGGGUAAAACCGAUCCGGACCAGAAGCCUUGUGAAGGCUGGGGCACCACAGAGGAGACAAAGCGAGCGAAGGCCCUGUGGUUAGAGCUUUUAGACGAAUCGGCAAAAAGGAGAGCUGAUACUCGGCAGCAUUCUGAACAUAGUUUGGCAAGCUAG